CGUCACUUCCUCCCGGUCCGUUAAGAUGGCGCCGUCCGAAAGGGCGCGUGGGGAAGGCGUCGAGCCGGCUGCGCCCCUCGGCUAUGCGGGUGAGCAGACCGGGUUGCCGGCAUAGCGGUUCCUCCAGAGCCGCGGGAGGGUCACGGGGGGGGGGGCUCGCCACCUUUCAAGGUGCCUGCAAGGCUCUUCUCUGGACUCGCUCUCGGUGCUGCCGGGCUCCCCGGGCUGCAGCCGCCCUGCCUUCCGCAAGGAAAACCGCACUCGCCAUAGCUCAGGCGUUUCUUCAAGAUUCUUGCCACUAAGGCACGAAUCCUGGUGAGGCGACGACGCAGAAUUAUGUAUUCGAAGAGCAUUAUUGAUGUGUGUUUGUUCCUCCUAUGGGGAGCUCCGUAUAGAGAAAUUCGGAUAAAUUAUGGAGAGAAAUUCGACACUUUAUUCAUUGGAUAUGUGACUAGGCAACAGGUUCUCACACCGCUGUCCCCUGUCCCCCCAAAAAGUAGCGUUAAACAAGAGUGUUUGUUCUUUCUAAUUCGCUUCACGUGAAGGCGUGUUUUUUUAUAGUUUUUGAAGGUUUUAAAGCACAACCAUACUGCAUGCAAGUUGAUCGGGCAGGACGUUUCUGCACAUGUAGCUUACCUUUGGAUUUGAUGGGGUAGGGUCAGGAUCUGAAGGAGAAAUCUUAACAAAUGGGCUUUUGCAGCAAAAUGAGAGGUGCUUUGUAUGUGGGAUUUUGGGUUGGGCAACCAAACUAUCCUCUGCCCCAUCUCUGGUCUCCCAGGCCCUAGUCCAACUCUCCACACGAUGUGGUGGGGUGCAUGUUUUUUACUACGAAAGAUGUAUUUGGGUGAGGGGAGCUGAAUCCUCUUUCUGGACUGUCCUCCAUUGCUUCAGGCACUUUUGUGCCAGCCCAGCUCCAAUGUCUGGAGUGAACAAAUUUUAAGAGAAAAAUGACUGAAGUGAUGCAGCACAGGGACAUAAGGUGAAGGAAGAGGGCUUAGCUCCAGUCACCCACACUCACUGUAACUUUGCCCCAUUCACUUGUAGACAUACCAAUAAACAGACAUUUCUAAAAGACAUUGGCUGGGUAACAUGAUUAGUGUUUGCAGGCUGUUGUCUUUGAUGUAUCAAAGUGUCCUCCAGGUUAUAGCUAUUUGCUCCACAAUUUUUCUUUUAGCUAUUCCAGUUAAGUUCUCUGAAGAGCAUCAUUUCCCUCACUACCUCUAUGUAAAGGAGCACAAAGUCAGGGAGGACACGGAUGUGAAGAGGCCUCAAAACCGCACACUUUUUGUCUUGAAUGUUCCCCCAUAUUGUACAAAGGUGAGUUUAUUGGGGGGGAGGGAAGGGGAUUAUAUGAGGGCCCCAGCGACCUGUAAACUUGGGACAGCCAAGAAGAGAACAAAUAUUGAUACAGUGGUACCUCUACUUACGGACGCGAUCUGUUCCGGGGUGCCAUUUGCACCCCCAAAAGUCCGUAAGUAGAGCACCGCUUCUGCGUGUGUGUGGUGUGAUAGAGCGCUCCUGUGCAUGCAAGAAGCUUGCAGAUCGCUCAUGCGCGAAGCAGCGAACCCAAAAGUAAACACUUCUGGGUUUGCCGUGUUUAUAACCAGAAAAAACGCAAGGUGAAGCAGACGCAACUCGAGGUAUGACUGUAUUUAAUUUGGAGAGCUGCGGAGAAAAUGUAGAAGAGAGAGAAUGUGUGUGUUCUUCUGGCUUUUAGAACAUGUUUGCUAUUUUUAAAAAGUGUAUCUCAAAAAUAGUAGACGUACACAACACAUAAGUUAUGGGAAGACACUAAUCACUGCCUACUGGAUUGCAUUUGAGUUUCCUGGUCAUCCAAUCAGUGAACUUCACUAUCAGUUCACUAAAUUACUAGGGACAGCUGCAAUAUCCUAGUUGUCGGGUGUUCUUAAAAUAUAGGCUAUAUGAGUAUCUGCAUAGGAGAUUGUAGCUACUGGCCUGCAGCUGGUUGUUAGAUGUAAAUGACUAGGUAGGGUAUGAUUGAAGAAGCUGCCUCAUACCUAGUCAGACCGUUUGUUCUGUCUAGCUCAGAAAUUGUCUGCUAUGUAGCUCUCAAGAGUUUCAGAUGGGGCAUUCCCAGCCAUACCUGGAGAUGGCAAUAGCUAGAGAUCAAUGGGAUGAAAAAGAGGGAGAAGAUGAAGCUUAUGUGAAAGAAGUAGAAUUGCUUUGAAGAAGACAGUUAUGUUAGGAUAUUAGAACUCUUAUUAACUAUUCUGUACUUAUGCUGAAUAUUAUGUUCUAUAAUUAAUAUACGUUGAGAUAUACUAACUAUAAGCCACCCAAACACAGAUUUAACUAUCUUUGUUAGUAUAUCUCACCCAUCAUAUCUUGUGUGGGUUUGCUCAAUUAAGCAUGCAGAGGUGACUUGGGGAACCUUUGGCUCUCCUGAUAUUGUUGGACUACAACUCCCCUCAUCCCAUUCUGGUGGGGAUUGAUGGGAAGUCUGUACACUGCAGACUAACUGUGAGUGAAUUACCAAGUGACCUCCAGGGACCAGUGCCUUGUAGAGGAACCCUGAAAUGUAAAUUAAUGUUUAAUUAAUAUGUGAAUCAACAAGAUUGGUAACUCUUCUUAGUUUUCUGUUCCUCUAUUAUUAUUAUUAUUAUUAUUAUUAUUAUUAUUAUUAGUUUUGCCCCGAGGAAAUGCCUAGGGUAAGAAAUGGUAGCAAGCCCAAGUCCUGAAAGGAAAGGGGCAGAGCAGGACAUGUUGUCAAGGGCAUUAGAAGGUGGGGGGGCAGUUUUCAGCCAUGAAGUGCCAAAGGAUCAAGUACAGAUAUUAGAGAGGUAACUAAUAAUAAUACAAGUAUUAGAGAGGUGAGAUGAUGAGGGGAAAUAAUGGGGGGUGAUUUCAGGUUUCAGGAAAUGUCCCUCUUAUAGCCAUGAAUUGUCCUGAAUUUCAUUUUGUUGCUUGAAGGAAUGUUUCUCCAGGCUGUUCUCGAGCUGCGGUUCUGUCCGCUCCGUGGAGAUGUGUGACAAGCCAAGUCUGGGAGAAAAGAAAGAAAUGCCCAAGACGAAGUUUUUCAACACAGAAGCACUCCAGGUAAAUCUUGAACCCUUGAGCAAGGGUGGAAUUUGGAGAGGUGGGUGGGAAUGUAGCAUUUUGGGGGUGGGGGGAAGGACUCUUAAGAAAAGGACCAGAGCUAAGGCUUGACUCCCUGUUACAGCAGCUUGGACUUCAUUCCCUGCAAGUUCAGCCAGCCUUGCAAUUUGACGUCUGCCUGUGUGUCAGGCAAAAAGGCUGCUACUUUAACAGUACCAAACUGCACUGUGGAGUUUGAACAUACCCUCUCCCCUUUCCCAAGCAAUAUAGUGCGGAAAAGGCUUUCAUCAAGGGGUGGAGGAAGGAAAGCAGGCAGUGCACACGGCAUGUUUCGUGGGUGAGCGUUCAGUUCUGGAGGCUGUGCACAUCCCUCUUCGCCUCUUCCAUGUUUGAAAACCCAGCAGCACACAUGCAGCUGGACCCAGAGCUGAACCUCAGAGGCAGCAUGUAUGGCUGGCUCUCUUUUUUCAUGUAAAAAGAGAUGAGGGAAGGGAGGGGAAGCAUGACGAAGCCAGGGGAAAGAGCAACAGGGAUGUGUUUUCCCCCUUGAGUGGGUGUUUCAGUGGCUGGCUAAACCUCUCAUUCUUCGGAUUGUAUGUGAGUGAAAACAGACCCAGUCCAUAAUCAUGAGCUUCUUGCUUUAUAGGGGUUCAAGGUUGCUUAUGUUGUGUUCAAGAGUCCUGCUGGGGUGCAGGCUGCCAAGUCCUUAUCAACAAAAGACCCCCUGGUGAUAUCUUCCAAAAGGCACCCUGUGCAAACGGGCAUUCACAGUAAGUGAACCACAAAUGCCUUGAAAUUCCCUCUUUCUUCCUGGGCUGGCCUUCAGGUGUGUAAGGAUUUAGUUUGUGGCUGGUGGAGAAAUGUGAGUGUUGUACAGGCUGGGCAGACCAGGCUUCAACUCCCCAUAUGGCCAUGAUGCUCACUUGGCAAAUUUCUCUCUCAGCCUAACAAUCCUCAUGAGAGCUACUGUGCAAUAACAUUUGGGGUGAGAGUAGGGUGGGGAAGAGCUACCCUGAGCUCCUUCGUGAAAGAAGGGGACAGAAAUAGAAUACUGGUAUACCAGUCAGUGUACACCACUUAGAGGGGACUGUGAGUAAGGAGUAUACAAAUUCUUUAAUUUAACAACAUUAGGUGUUCACCUCUUGACGAGAUUAUAUUUACCCAUCCUUUAUUACUUUUGCAUUCCCCAGGCACCUCAUUCACCUUGACUAGGCAGGGCACCUUGUCUCACUCAAAUGCAAAGCUGCUACCAGAGGACCCCCCACGUCUUCCAUUUCCAUCUACAACCAUUAUCAAUCCUGGUAGAACAUAGGCUUUCCCCAGCCUCUGUGCUGUAUAGUCAGACUGCCUUUGAUUAGUUAAAGGAAGAGAAUGUAGAGCCACUCCCUGAUCCAUCUCCUGUCCUGUGACAUUGUCUUAUAGUAGGGGUGUCUAACCUUUUUUGGCCACCUUCAAGAUUCACCACCUCCCUGAGGGCUACAUACUGGCUGUGAGUUUCAACAAUGUAUGUGCAUGUGUGUUUGCACCCUCUAUUCGUACAACACUUAUGCAGGCCACACACACUCACCCCACUAGACAUGCAGUCACUCAGCACUUAGCACAGAGAAAGAGAGAGAAGAAAGCAAGCAUUUCCAGUCCUCUCCAAUCCAUCACUGGAGUGAAGGUGGGGGAAACACUGCCGGUUACUCUUAAAGAGCAGGCAGAGGGUUUUAUCCAUGAUCUCAGCACAGUGGUGCUUGGCUCUAAGCUCACAGAUAAAUGAUCCCUCUGCCCGGUCUUUAGAGAGGAUUGUCUCUCUCCAUCUCAGAUUGCUCUCUAAGGAUCAGGCAGAGGGCUUUAUCUGUCAACCAGAUCAGUGGACAAAGAGCAGGGGCUGGUGGAUCACUUCCUGCAGCUUGCUAGGCUAGAUCUGGGCUGCAGGUUAGCCCCCGUUUUAUAGCAGUCAAGGACAGCACUUCCUGUGAAGCACACAUUAAAGUAGCAGCAGCAUGUCCCAACUUAAAUGUACUGUGGCAUGGAAGGAAUCUCCUUUUCCAGAGUACAGGGGCAACCUCAGACUAUAGGAAAAACUGGGCCUUGUUAUAACAAUAGGAUUGAUUUCAAUAGGCCUUUGGCCAAUUAAUAUCCUACAGCCUUUAAAAUGUAUCUGUGGGAAGGGGGGUAUUGUUUUGUUGUUUUGGUUUAACUACUUGUGUUUUAUCUUUUAUUUUAUUCUAUGAACUGCCCUGGGAUCUCUUGAUGAAGGGUGGUAUAUAAAUUAAGUAAAUAAAUAGCCAAGCAGCAAGUGGUUUGUGCAGUGAUAUUUGGUAUUUCUUAACCGUAGGUGCCUCUAGUAGGAACUGUCAGUCACCUGCCAGCAAACCACUGCUCAUUGACCUGAGAGAACAGGGUUUGCCAUCACAGAUAGGCAUUCAAGUCCAGCAUGCUGUCAUUCUUAGAAGUAGCAGUAAUUGAAAUUUGAUCUUGUUGUCCCCCACCGUUGAGUCCCUGGUUUCAAUUGUAUUAAGGGGGCCUCUAAAGUUUCCAAAAUUGUGUUUUGUUCUUCUGUUGUCUUGAAUAUUUUUUGCACUGCAAACUGAUUUAUUAUUUGUUUGUUUUUAUCUCAGAAUGGAUUGCUAGAUAUGCAGCUUCAGUUGUGGAUCCUGCUGAGCUGAAGACAGAAGUGGAUGCUUUCAUGCAGGCCUAUGACAAGAAGGUUGCAAAGGUAUGCAUUGCUGAAAAUAUAAUGGUAUUAGCCAAGCAUGCCCUUCCCUUGAAGGGUCCUUUGGAUUCAGCAUCACCUGUCUGGGUUAUGAUCAGCAUUGACUGGGUAGAGACCCAGUGUGAUGUAGUGAUUAGAGAAGACUAGAGUUUACAUACUCAGCCAUGAGGUUCACCUGGCGUCUUGGACCACUCAUCAGCUGAUGAGUUGGGAACAGGGUGUGCAGCCAAUGCAGGAGUCAACCUUGUUCUCCACCAGUGAUGUCAGCUGAUGGGUGGGCAUGCUUUGAAGGAAAAGACCUUGUGAGACAAAUUGGACCCCCUGGUGGGCCAAGAUUUGUCUGUUGGCUGGAGGUUCCCCACCUCUGGAGUGAAUCUAGAAUGGAAAUGUUGAAUGGAACACAUUGUCUAUAUUUUUGGGUUGCCGAUAACACAAUCCUUCUUUCUUCAGAAAUCCCUUUUCACAUGGCAAAAGGCUUUGCACUGGGCUCUUCUGCUCAAGGGCUGUGAAGUUGGGCAGGGCACCUUCUGAAAUUAUAAACAGCAUUACUGAGCUCGGGUAGGGCUGGGUGAUGUAUCAAUAUACAGUGGUGCCCCGCAAGACGAAUGCCUCGCAAGACGGAAAAACCGCUAGACGAAAGGGUUUUCCGUUUUGAAGUUGCUUCGCAGGACGAAUUCCCCUAUGGGCUUGCUUCGCAAGACGAAAAUACCUUGCGAGUCUUGAGAUUUUUUUUCGCUUUUCCCCUUUAUCUAAUCUGCUAAGCCUUUAAUAGCCUUUAAUAGCCUUUUAGCAGCUAAUCCCCUAAGCCUUUAAGCCUUUAAUAGCCGCUAAACAGCUGAUAGCGCUAAUAGCGCUAAUCCGUCAAUGGGCUUGCUUCGCAAGACGAAAAAACCGCUAGACGAAGACUCUUGCGGAACGGAUUAAUUUCGUCUUGCGAGGCACCACUGUAUUGUCCAAAACUGGUUUGAAGCCCAUAUUGUGAUAUUGGUUUCAUAGUUUUUGACCUGGCAAUAUAUUGCGAGUGAGUGUGUAAAAAUCACAAUGAGGGGGAAACAGUGAAGCUAGCCAAUGCCUUAAUAGCCAUCCUUAUUUCAGACAUUGUGAUAUAUUGGUAUAUAGUGGUGUUUAGCUGUUGAGAUAUUGCCCAGCCUCACUCAGGGGGAAGCUGUGAGCUUAAAGCAGCCUCUCCUGACCAGGCUUGAGAUUGCUCUUUUUAUUGACGCAGGAAGAAGCCAAAGCUGAGAAGGAAGAUGGCAUCCCGGAUGAGGAAGGGUGGGUGAAGGUGACAAGAAAAGGUCGAAGGCCUGGGCUCCCUCGGACAGAAGCAGCCAACUUGCGGGCGCUGGAGAGGGAGAAGCGCAAAAGGGCACGCAAGGAGCUGCUCAAUUUCUAUGCUUGGCAGCAUCGUGAGACCAAGAGGGAACGUGAGUCAUUUCCUCUUCAUCUGCUCUCUCAAUUCUGUGGAAUAUUUGAUGCAAGAGAAUGUCAUCUAAUUUGAAUAGCAUACCGUAUUUACAGGAAUCUAAUGCGCACCUCAAUUUUCAAAAUCUUGAAACCAAAAAUAAUGGCGCCAUUAUAUCUAACACGCACCCUAAUUUUUGCAAUGUAAGGAAAAGGUAAAGGGACCCCUGACCAAUAGGUCCAGUCGUGACCGACUCUGGGGUUGCAGCGCUCAUCUUGCUUUACUGGCCGAGGGAGCCAGCGUAUAGCUUCUGGGCCAUGUGGCCAGCAUGACUAAGCCGCUUCUGGCAAACCAGAGCAGCGCACAGAAAUGCCGUUUACCUUCCCGCCGGAGCGGUACCUAUUUAUCUACUUGCACUUUGAUGUGCUUUCGAACUGCUAGGUUGGCAGGAGCUGGGACGGAGCAACGGGAGCUCACCCCGUCGCGGGGAUUUGAACUGCCCACCUUCUGAUCGGCAAGUCCUAGGCUCUGUGGUUUAACCCACAGCGCCACCCGCGUCCCUAAUUUUUGCAAUGUACUUUGGCCCAAAAGUGUGCAUUACAUUCAAGUAAAUAUGGUAUUCUUUGCCAGCUUGAAUUUUGGUGAAAAUGUAGGAACAUCUGAAGGAGCUUAGUUGCUGUUUUCUGAACAGUUAAGAUUGUCAGGUGUUUUGUGGAAGGGCAGUUUUUUAGCUUCCAGCAUCUUCUGAGUGUUUUUAUUUCAAGAGUAGCAUGUUCUCAUUACUAUGCUUUGUCAGGAGAUGUCUGCAAACUUUGCCACCUUUAGGCAUCAAACCAUCUCAGAACCUGGACAGUAGGGAAAGUUAACUCAAAUAUGCUAGAGGAGUUUUUUCCUGCUGUGACACUGGUUCUUUCUCUGCUUUAUCCAAUCUCUCCUUUGUGUGUUUUUCAGACAUAGCUCAACUGAGGAGGAAGUUUGAAGAGGACAAGCAGAAAAUUGCUCUCCUACGGGCGCAGCGGAAAUUUCGGCCCUACUGAGUUGCAGAUCUACAGCUAUUCUGAAAAGAACAGCAGCCACAGUAAGAGGUUCAUUGCUGGGAUAAUUUUGACUUUUUCUCCUUUCCCCUCUAAUAUCUCCUGGAGUGUGAUGGAUGCAGCAGAUGAUGAGGGUUUGGAAAUGAAAUCAUCUUGUUUGCUAUGAACUGACAGUUCAUAAGCUGCCUUCUUCCCCUGUGAGGAAUUCUAAGGCUGCUGUUCAUAUGAAACAGACAUGUAAAUAUUUGUUUUUAUAUUUGUGAUAUACCGUAUUUUUUGCUCUAUAAGAUGCACAAGACCAUAAGACGCACCUAGUUUUUGGAAGAGGAAAACAAGAGAGAAAAAAAUCUGAAUCCCAUAAGCCAGGACAGCCAGUGGGAUCGCUGUGCUGCGAUCCUGCUGGCUGUCCUGGCUUCUGGCUUAGCUGCGCGCAGCCUCUCCCAGGCAAGGGAAGCCUUCAUCCCCUGCCCGUGCACUGAGCAGAGCCUCCCGCCUGCAUUCGAUCCAUAAGACGCUCACACAUUUCCCCUUACUUUUUAGGAGGAGAAAAGUGCGUCUUAAAGAGCGAAAAAUACGGUACAUCAGGUUUCUUGUUCUCGUCAUCUUCACCAAUACACAACUUCUAUGUAGGAAUUUUUACUGGACAAUUUGUGUGCCACACAACCUGUCAAAGAACAGCUGCUUCCCUAGCUUGUACAACCUUGCAUCUCUCCUGUAAAUAUCUAUGCUAUGGAUGCAAGCAGCACCUUGGAAAAGCAGACCUGUCAGAGGCUUAUUUUGUGAAGCCAAAAAGAACAUCUCAGUAAAAUUUCUCCUCCUCUAUUAGUCCCCUCAAUCUGUAUCACCAAACAAUAAAUUCUUUUGAGAGAUUUAAACUAUUUAGAGCAUGGGUUGGUAAACUAAGGCCCACAGGCCAGAUCAGGCCCAAUUGCCUUCUAAAUCCAGCCCACAGACGAUCCAGGAAUCGCUGCGUGGAUUGCCAGCGCACAAGUUCUUCCCUUCUCCCUCCACGGCAGCGGCAGCGCUUCCUCCCUCCCUCCUGGCUUCUCCCUGCCCUGCCUAGAGGAGGAAGGGGGCUGGGCUUUGUUGGUGCCAGCCCUUUCUCCAGAGCCCUUUUGUGCACCCCUCAUCGUCCCUCAUUCAUUUUUUUUUCUUUCCAAAAUAUAGUCCGGCCCCCCACAAGGUCUGAGGGACAGUGAACCAGCCCCCUGCUGAUAAAGUUUGAGGACCCCUGGUUUAGAGGAAUUUAAAAUUGUAUGAGGAAAGAAGUACAAGUGCAAGCUGUAACAAACUUAGUUUUAAUACCUAAAUUAGCAUGAGUGGCUAAAAUGUUUCCUUCACUGAACUAACAGUUGUUACCUAGUUAGAACACCUGGCUCUGGCCCAGAAAAUCAUAAUCCAGUACAUGAAUUAACAUUUUAAGAUAAAUCCACUCACCCACCAUAUCUGUAACUGGACUAAGGCACUCAUGAAGAACUGAAUCUCACUGAGCCGUUCAGUAGAAACAGAACAAAGAAUUGUGCAAGCUGUCCCCACUGCGCCACAAGGUAGUUGUGCAAGAUACCCUGCAGGUCCCACAGCAUCCUCCUCACUUAAAGCAGGACUGAAUCUUUCUAAGGCAUCCAUCUGUUCUCUAGGAAGGGUUAGUCAUGAUGAUGUAGGUAGGCACUGCUUAUAGGCUGGCUCUGGGUUUCUGGUCCUUAUUUAAGAAGGUGUUGAUGAUCCCGGCCACAACUUGGGGCUCAUUCAGGUGGACAAAAUGAUUGCCAGCAACUUCCACAAAUUGGUAACGCUAAGAAUAAGGGAGAUACAGUGAGAGAUGGACCAUGGGAAAGAAAAGUCAGACAUAUGGAACAAUGAAACUUAACAUUAAAUGCUAGGAGUAGAGAGUUAUAAUAGGGAGGCUGGAUUAGCCCAUCCAGAAGCAUCUACAACUGGCAGCGAAAGGGUCAAAAGCAAUUCAGUAGUUUUAUUGAACACAACCACACCUGUGUUCAGUGUGGGCUUAAAGACAAACUCACAUUCUGUACAUUGGGUGCAAGCUCAUUUUGCAUAAUUCUGCUUCAACUCCAGAGGAGAGGCAGAGAGGUAGGAAAGUGACCCUCUGCACACUGGAAAUGCUGCUCAAGCUGCGCUGUUUUUUUCCUCUUUCACUGACCCCUUCCCCUCCGUUUUAGUCCACCUAUCCAAGCAGGAGUCUAAAUCCUGAUCAGCCAAGGCAAACAAAAAUAAUGGUGCAUUUGGGGAGCAUCGGCAGAGCACGGGAGACAUCCCUUCCAUUGCCUAUGCCAGGCACCCCCAACCUGCAGCCUACAACUCCCAUGAUCCCUAGCUAACAGGACCAGUGGUCAGGGAUGAUGGGAAUUGUAGUCCAAAACCUCUGGAGGGCUGAGGUUUGGGGAUGGCUGGCCAAUGCGCCUUUCGUUCCCCCUUUCCUGACAUUUUUACAAUCUCCACACAAGGGAUUUUGACAGUUGGGUGGGGCAACCUGCCUGUCAAUCAUGUGGCAUCAAGGUUGGCCAGCAGGAAGAGGCCAGAGGUUCCCCAGGCCUACUACAGCCCCUUAAGCCUAUCUCAUAACUGGGGGGGGGUCUAUCCAGCUGUACCCCUACUGCCUCCUUUGCUACCUCCCUCUCCCCACUGAAUACAUGGAAACCCCAAGCGAGAAAAGCAACUGCCCAGCAAAGCCAAUGCAAAACGGCUCAGAGCAAGUUUGUGUUCCCCUCAGGACUUGCACUCACCUCUUUUAGGCUGGUCCUGAAUGCUUCCUCAAGUGGCUGUACAAAGUAUGGGACGCUACCUUUAGGAGGAUUGGUAAAAAUCCCAUUUUCUGCUCUAGAAUAAAACAAUCAGCUCUUACUUCUGGUUGCACAUAAGAACACAAAGUUCAAAUCCUCUGCAUGAUAGAAUUUUCCAAGAAAUAGAAGAGGGUGCUGGAUAUUGCAUUAGCUUUGUGGAUAACCUGAACUGAUCCUUCUCACUUGUACCAUUGAAAAAAGGAUAGAUUAGAUUUGGGGUGUAUAGGGUGUUACGGUAGGGAAAGCACUUCUGGGGUAGUUUGUUCACCUUUGGUCCCCCACCCUGCACUCAGCUCUCAUCUGGGCCACCUAGAAGCUAUCAGCAUGCAACAGUGGCCACAGUCUAGAAACAGGCUGGCUAAAUCAGGUGAGUUCAGUUGCUGGGUCUCAAAUCCUCAGCGAGUCAGGGACUUCGCCUGCAUGUGGACAGGCUCUGGCAGAUUGAGCGGAUGAGACCAAUAGUGGGUCCACCAGCGAGAAGUGAGAGGCAGGUAGGGCUUGUCAGCCUGGAAAGGGAGCCAUCUGGGAGAGGGGGAAAACUGAUCUUAAACCUCCGUUGCCUUGCAGAAUAUCUUCUGGAGAAGAACAGGCUAAGGAGUAAACCCUGCACAAAUCCAGAAUGGAGUCCUUAAGACAGCUGGAUGGCGCCCUGUACACCUCCUUCUGGCGACUACUGCAGCCAAGCUGGUGGACCACAUCAGAGAGGCCGAGAAGGGGGACAUCAUCUGGGCAGCCCAGAACCUCCUUACACUGCCCAGGGUUGUGCCACAGGAAGGUCACUUAAGUGUUGCUAACGCAGCCGUUUGACUUCACCCCGGAGGUGCACUGCAUUGUCCCUCAAGACAGACGGAUGCCAACAACAAACUAGAUUGGCUAAGCUGGUAUUUAGCACAACCUCAAUAUAUUUUCAUGAUUUUUAAAGCAGCGAUGCUCCGCGGACCCAGAUGGAAGUAGGCCUACUGAAAAUAGUAGGACUCCAUUGGAAGUAAACAUGCGUAAGACUGCACUGCACUUGGAAUACUACUCUGCAACUACUUGUAGUUUAGGCACUACAGGAGUGCUCUAAGGAGGACUGAUUCAGUCUUAUGCUUGGGGCUGAUCAGUGAAGCAAUCCAUUUUUCUUCAUUCUCUGCCCCUGCCUCUCUUUUUCUCUCAGGCAGAUCUACUAGGUACUGGUUACAUCUGGAUGUCACUUACCUGAUCAUCAGUAUAUCAGCCUCGAUUUUCUUCAGGAUGUGGCAACAUUGAUCCAGAGACACAAAACUGUGGUUCUGCUACAUAUGAUAUAAAAUGACAAAUAAGGAACAUAACUCAUCUAGUCCAUUUGACUGGCUUAGCACACAAGGGGUUUCUUCUAUGCUGCCCCUUUAUUCUGUGCUGGGGGAGAGAAAGUGGAGCAGGUCACCCCACUUUACCCUCUGUUGCCAAUCAAUGGGCAGGGGGGCAAUAGGAGGUGCUCCACAAAUGGCAUUGUUCAUGCCAAUACCUGGCCACAGGUCAACAGUCUUUUGGUCCUAAGGCGAUUCACAGGAGACCCAUUGAAACUGAAAUACCAGUUGUCUACAAAAAUGCUUUCCAUCAGAAAAGCCAUAUGGAGUUAGCCAGAAAUAGGUGGAAAUUAAAUAUUCCAGUGUUCUGCAAUCUAGCCAACAAAGGCUCUCACUGCAACUUUUGUGACAAAUGAGGAAACUAGGGUUAGAGGACCAACAUUAACAAAGCUAGCCCAUGCAUAAGCAGGGCUUUGAGCAAGGACUAAUUUGUGUACCUCCAACACCCUUUGGGUGGAUGAAAAAUACAGGGGAAAACAUUCAACAAAACUAGAUCAGAACUUACCACAAGGACCCUUAAAUCUCUGUUAUAAACCAAACCUAGAGAAAGAGAAGAAUCACAUCUCACAUUUUGUACAACUUGUUUUUCUCCAAACUUUCCCCUGGCUUCUUUCUCUUAACACAGCUGGGGGGGGGGGGAAGGAAGUUAUUCUAUAAAUGGUAAGUUUAACUGGCUGUCACAAUUAAAAUUUAAAUACCUGGAAAGAGGACUGCACAGUGUUCUGUAAGAGGAUGCACAACUCCUAAAAGACCAGGUUUAUAUUGGUGGGGGCAGGGGGUUGUCUCCUGGAUACUAUCUAUGGAAGCCUCACAGGUGGUGUUGGUGACUAAGAGUGCCUUUUAGCAGCUUAGGUUGUUUCUGCAGAAAGUGGACCGUGGCACAUGCCCUGGUUACAGCCAGACUGGACUGUAUGGGGCUGCCUUUAAACAUGGUCUGGAAACUUCAGCUGGUACAGAAUGCGGCACUAGGAUGUUUGUAGACAACAGGCACUCGGAGCAUAUAGCACAUAUUCCAUUUCAGCUGCCUGUUCGUUUCCAGGCUCCGUGCAAAUUGCUGGUGGUAAAAAGUAAAGCCCUAAACUGUUUGGACAAGGUUAUUUGAAGAUGGGCCUUAAGAAUGGCCUCGCAAGGACCCUCUCAGAGAUUGUGGCCAAAAUCCAUCAGACUGGCAAACCCUCAUGACUGACCUUUUCAGCGCCUAAGAACUCCCUCCCACAAGUAGCACCUCUGGACUGAAAAGGGGUUUAACUUAGACCUUAGUAAACUUCUUAAUUUCAAACUGCUGCUGUUUUUAAAUUCUAUAAUUUGUUUGCUUUAUUUGUAUAGCUUUUAUGGUUUCAACAAUCCCUUCAUAAAUUGCCUUGGAAGGCAGCAUGACAGUACUAUCAUACAAACAAGAUCAGUUCUGAAUAUUUAGUCACAGAAUGCGCCGCUGAUUGUGCUAGAUCAUUUUAGAUCUUCAGGCAGAGUCAGACCACUGGGCCAGCUAGCCACUAGUGCAAUGGGCAGCAGGUCUCUAGUGUCUCACACAAGACUGCAACAGUCCCCUGGCACCAAAGAUGCCAGCUAUUAAACCUGAGACCUCGCAUGUGCUCUGCCACCAAGCUCUGCUCCCCUAAUUGAAGGUUCUGUGAAACACAACAGGCAUCUCUUUGUAUCUCAGUCUCUUACCUCCUGCCACCUCAGAAGCCCCUCGCUCCAGCAGUACCUUAGCACUCUCUUCUGUUAGCUGACUGUUUGCUUCCAUUAACCUAGGCAAGUCAAGCAGAAACAUGUACAAUUUUGUCAGUAGGAUGCAGGCAAGAACUGCGUUCUUAGUAAUGCCACCACCAACUAAUCCCUCAUCUUAUCAAAUGUUACCCAGCCACAUUUGUCCAUCCUGAAUCUAUAUUCAGCUCUUGUACAACAUUGAUGCCUUGUACACUUCAGAAAGCAUUCAAUGGUGAUGCCAUCAAACAGGACCCCGGACCUGGCAAAUCACUGAUAUGAACCAGGGACACCAAUUAUGUUCCUUUUUGGGGGUGACGAAAAAAGUGGGUGGUAUUCAACCAAGUUUUACUCAAGAGUGGAACCACUGAAAUUAACAAACACGACUAAGUUAGGUUUGGGAAGGCAUUUUAGCCAAGUACCUAAGUUCUGAGCACCGUUUCCUUGGUUGUCUUUUUUUCUCCAUUCUAAUAUCUUGGUUUUGAUUCAGCAAGGGAGCCAGUAUGAUGCAGUGGUCAGAGUGUUGGAGACAAGGGUUCAAAUCCUCACUCAGCUAUGAAGCUCACUGGGUGACCUUAGGCCAGUCACUGCCUCUCAGCAAUAACCUACCCUCACAGGGUUGUGGGCAUUAAAUGAGCAGGAGGAAAAUCAUGCAUGCCAUCUCAAAUUCUUUGGAGAAAAAGGCGGGAUAUAAAUGCAAUAAAUUAAAUAAAAGAACAUUUCCUUUUUCAGAAUAAUGGAUUUGGAAAGAGGCGGCUAUGGUUGGCAGGACAGACCUUGCUGUACCCCCAGGGACAAAACACCCAACGGCUGCCAGAGACCAAAGAAGGGAACUCACCUCUGAAGGGCUGCCUCAGGACUGCGUACUUUGGGGGAAUGGUACUUGCUGGUCUCAAAAUUCAGGAGUUCCUCAAUUACCUCCCGCUGGGACUUGCAAAUCUUCUCCAAUUCCUAUAAAUCAGACAUAGUCAUCUGCUUUCAGAAGUCUGUUACACCCAAAGCCCCUCACAAGGUAUACAAAACAACAACAUUAGUAUUAGCUUCUUGGGAAGGUAAGACAAAAGUAAAGGAAUUAAAAGGGUUAGCUCUUUUUGUGCACUCUGACACCACUAGGCCUGACUUCCAAUGCCAUGCUGCCUUCCAACCUCACCUCUAAACGUGAGAAAGCAUCUCUAGGGGUGAACAGCAACCUCGGCUUCUUUUCUGUAUGUAAUCCCGGGCCCCUUUGAUAACCCUGCCAACAAGAGAGCCAACAAACAAUCACAGAGCCUGGGCAGUGGCUUUUGUGGGAGGAAAUCCUCCUAGGAACGAGAUCCAAUUAAAUUCCCUGAAAGUCACACACAAAAACGUGUCCUGAUUAAGCUCAUGUCAUUCUGUGCAACCAGUAAACAUUGGACAGGACUAGGGCUAGGCGGUAUAUCAAUAUAUCAUCCCAAAUCAGUUUGAAGUCCAUAUUGUGAUAUUGGUUUCAUAAUUUUUGACCUGGCAAUAUAUCGCAAAUCAUGAUGUGUGUGCAAAAGUCACCUUGUGGGAAAAACUGAAGCCAGUCAAUGCCUCUACACAGUUCAACCCUUAUUUAGCUCAUGACAUAUCCCAAUGUUGAAAACCAGAUAUCGCCCAGCCUUAGACAGAACAAUGCUGUAUUAGUAUAAUAGACCUCUUAGAGAUCCCUGAGUUAUGGAUCAAAUUCUUUGUAUCCCAUCACUGGCAAAUGCAGUUGCUAAUUUUGGGAGAGAAAAGUUUUUUGUCUACACAUUUUGACUGACUCCAAGAUUGCCAUGAGAGCUGGGUUAAAUCACAUCCCAGAAACUUAAGCAUGCAAGGGAGGGAAGUUUGCCUUUCACCCACGGCCUCUACAAUUGCAAGAAAUACUUUCCAGCUGGGAAAAAAAUCACUUAAAUUUUAAUUACAUGUUUAUUUUAUAUAUUGCCCUGCCUCUCUCCCAGUGCAGGAGCCAAGAUGGUUCACAGGAC